AUGGAACCUUUUCCUGGUGCUGUGGAGGAGGCCCCGACCAGCACCAAUUUUUCCGCUAGUGCAGACGACGACAGAGACUUUGGACUGAUUGAGGAGAUAGUGACCCGUAUCCAGGAUGAGACCGAGGGCGUUCCCAUCAGAACUGUCAAGAGCUUCCUGACCAAGAUACCCAGCGUCGUCACAGGUGCAGACAUAGUGCAGUGGCUGAUGAAGAACCUAGCCAUUGAGGAUCCAGCUGAGGCCAUACACAUCGGGAGUCUGAUUGCUGCUCAGGGAUAUCUCUUCCCCAUCUCUGAUCACGUUCUGUCACUCAAAGACGACGGAACCUUCUAUCGCUUCCAGGCUCCAUAUUUCUGGCCUUCUAACUGUUGGGAGCCAGAGAACACAGACUAUGCUAUCUAUCUGUGCAAGAGGACCAUGCAGAACAAGACUCGUUUGGAGCUGGCUGAUUACGAGGCGGAGAACCUAGCCAGACUACAGAGAGCCUUCACUAGGAAGUGGGAGUUUGUCUUCAUGCAGGCCGAGGCUCAGGUCAAGAUCGACACGAAAAAGGAUAGAAUUGAGAGGAAGAUUCUAGACAGUCAAGAAAGAGCUUUCUGGGAUGUCCAUAGACCUGUGCCAGGUUGUGUGAACACCACAGAGAUGGACAUCAGGAAAUGCAGACGUAUGAAGAACCCACAGAGAGUCAAGAAGUCAGUGUAUGGACUGAUAGAGGAGGGUCAGUCACAGAGCCCGGUACACACACCCUCACAACUAGCCAGGAAAGGCACCAAAGAGGACGUGGAGAAAGAGAUUGUGUUUCUUAACAGCCAGUUGGACCGACACUGUAUAAAGGUUUCUAAAGUCGCUGAGAG